AUGGAAAAAUUGCUCUGCAGCAUCCUGGUGUUUGGAACGGUUGUCAUGGUGAACGCUUGUCCCAAAUAUUGUGUCUGUCAGAACCUGUCUGAGUCACUGGGGACUUUGUGUCCCUCUAAGGGUCUCCUGUUUGUACCACUAGACAUAGAUCGAAGGACUGUUGAACUCCGUCUUGGAGGCAACUUUAUUAUUAAUAUCAGCCGACUGGAUUUUGCCAAUAUGUCUGGACUUGUUGACCUUACUUUGUCCAGAAACACCAUCAGUUACAUACAGCCUUACUCUUUCACUGACUUGGAGAGCCUUCGUUCUUUACAUCUGGACAGCAACAGGCUGCCUGACAUUGGAGAGGAUAUUUUGAGAGGCUUAAUUAACCUUCAGCAUUUGAUUUUAAACAACAACCAGCUAAGCAGCAUCUCUGAUGAAGCCUUUGAGGAUUUUUUGCUGACAUUGGAAGACUUAGAUCUUUCCUACAAUAACCUCCGAAGCAUUCCCUGGGAAUCUAUAAGGAAGAUGAUAAACUUGCACCAGCUCAGUUUAGAUCAUAACCUGAUAGAUUAUAUUACAGAGGGGACGUUUGCAGAUCUUCAGAAAUUGGCCAGAUUGGAUCUAACAUCCAACAGACUUCAGAAGCUCCCCCCUGACCCUAUAUUUGCCAGAUCUCAAGUAAUUCCAUUAGCUGUUACCCCAUUUUCUCCACCUUUGUCUCUCAGCUUUGGGGGCAACCCACUGCACUGCAACUGUGAACUACUGUGGUUAAGGCGACUUGACAGAGAUGAUGAUAUGGAAACUUGUGCUUCUCCUCCAGGUCUAAAGGGAAGGUACUUCUGGUAUGUACGGGAGGAAGAAUUUGUUUGUGAGCCUCCUCUUAUUACACAACACACUCACAAGCUACUGGUUUUAGAAGGGCAAACUGCCACACUGAAGUGCAAAGCCAUUGGGGAUCCCACCCCCAUCAUUCAUUGGGUGGCCCCUGAUGAUCGGCUCAUUGGGAACUCUUCAAGAACAGCUGUCUAUGACAAUGGUACCUUAGAUAUCCUCAUCACCACCUCCAAGGAUUAUGGGACAUUCACAUGCAUAGCAGCCAAUGCUGCUGGAGAGUCCACUGCAACAAUUGAGCUCUCAAUUGUUCAGCUCCCCCAUCUCAGCAAUGGCACAGGCCGAGCAGCCCCACCGAAAUCCAGGCUUUCAGACAUCACCAGCUCCAGCAAGUCUAAUCGUGGGGAAACAAAAGGCCCACCAGAAAGGGCUGUCUUGGUGUCAGAUGUGACUACUACCUCAGCUUUGGUCAAGUGGACGGUGAGCAAGUCAGCCCCUCGGGUAAAAAUGUAUCAGCUGCAGUAUAAUUGCUCAGAUGAUGAAGUCCUGAUCUACAGGAUGAUUCCAGCUACAAACAAAGCCUUUGUUGUAAACAAUCUUGUUUCUGGAACGGGCUAUGACCUUUGUGUCCUGGCAAUGUGGGAUGACACGGCUACGACCCUUACUGCCACCAAUAUCGUGGGAUGUGCCCAGUUCUUCACCAAAGAAGACUACCCUCAGUGCCAGUCGAUGCACAGUCAGUUCCUGGGUGGGACCAUGAUUCUGAUCAUUGGAGGCAUCAUUGUGGCAACACUGUUGGUAUUCAUUGUAAUACUCAUGGUUCGAUAUAAAGUCUGCAACAAUUCCCAGGGGAAGAUGUCUAAUGUCAGCAACGUCUACUCACAGACAAAUGGAGCACAACCAGUUCAGAAUGGAGUCUUGCCCCAGAUCAAUCCCAAAGUGGUGGUGAGAAAUGAACUUAUGGAAUUUAACUGUCAGUCAGCACGGAGCAGCAUCUCCUCUUCCUCCAGCUCUGCAAACAGCCAUGACUGUGAUGGCUACAGCCUCCAAAGUGAACAGGGCACAUUGUCCAGUAAGUGGAGGCCUCCUUCCAGGUCAAAACACAAUAUUGACAGGCUAAUGGGAGCUUUUGCCUCUCUGGAACUGAAAUGUCAGAAAAAGGAGGAGAUGACAGACUCCAGAACUUCCACGGUGGCCCGACACUCGGACAAAGAGCCACUGCUGGGCCAGGCGGAGUCCAAAUUUCGCAGUCUCCUCACAUUGCCUCUGGAGGGCAAAACUAAACGUAGCCAUUCUUUUGACAUGGGAGACUUCGCCACAUCUCAGUGUUGCACUUACCCAAAAAAGAUUACAAACAUUUGGACAAAGAGGAGCCUCUCAGUGAAUGGCAUGCUUUUGCAGUAUGAUGACAAUGACCUAACAGGGGCGAAAGGGACUUUUGGGAGCUCAGAGUGGGUAAUGGAAAGCACAGUGUAA